CGGACUGAACGCUAGGCUUUUGUGCAAUAACACGCGACGCGAUAUACGAUGAAAGCGUGGUAUGCAACUUAAAGUCGCUACUCUGAUGUCUGUUGUUUCUUCUUUCUCACUGGAUAGGAUUGCAAGAAAGCUACAGCAGAGGCGCCGCUCCCCUAUUCUUCUCUCUCUACCCUAAUCGGCAGUCCAGAUCCGACGUCGUUCUGUGCUUUUAUCCUCUCUCAGUGCGGAGGAAUGGAAAUUGAUGAUUAAUUAUGCUGCUCCGGCUUGUUUUGAUUUUAGCAAUGAUUAAGUAAUCUUGGGAAUUUGGUUGCAGUUCUUUAACAUCAGAGAGUUCUUGAUCAUCUUAUCAAUUAAUGAUUCUUGGCCUGGCCAUCGUUGAUAGCUUCAUGAUCAUGCCUAGUUUGCACAUUGAGAAGGAAGCUGGAUAUGUUCUUGAGUGCAUUGACAAUAUGUUGAAGUAUUCAUCCUGUUUCAGGUUUCUCCCCUGUGAUGAAGGUUGAUGGACCCUGGCUUGAUUGCUAGGGUGAGCAAUCAUUUUCAAGGUGGUGUGGGGAAGAAAGCUAAUCCAACAUGUCAAGUGGAUGCUGAUGAAAAACCCAUAGUUGACGCUCCAAACUUUAAAUAUGGCACUGCCGAAGUGAUCUUUGUCAAUGGGAAAACAUCUGUCAGUCGAAAUGGUAUGGGCAUAGAUAGUGAGAGCACAUAUAGUUGCCUUAAUUCUUCCUCAGAUGAAAGAAGUGUUGGUAGUGAUGUUGAGCAGGAGCUCUCUAGCCACAAUGGUACAUCUGUUGAUAGUGGUAACAAUGGGCAAUCUACUGAGGGUAGGCUGAAUGAUCAUAGUGGUUUCAUCUCCAGUAGGAACCAGCAGGGUAUUGAUGCUAAGAGUGGGCAUGUUUCUCCAAACUCUGAGACCCCUUCUGAUACCUGUCCUGGAUCUGUCCAAACUAUAAAAGAAGAAGCUGGUGAGUAUGUAGUACCACAACUUGGUGUGGAGUUUGAAACUGAGGAGCAUGCAUACAAGUGUUACAAUAAAUAUGCUCUCAUGGAAGGUUUCAGCAUCAGGAAAGAUUUUGUGAAUCGAAGUAAAGUUACAGGUUUGGUGGUAUCAAGGAGGUAUACAUGUCACAGGCAAGGCUACGGGUCUAACAAGCGUGAGGCAAACAUGAACAAAUCCCGUAAAGAAACUCGAACUGGUUGCCUGGCACAUAUGACCAUCACACGCCAAACGAAUGGUAAAUACCGUGUCAUCCAUUUUGAAACCAGGCACAAUCAUGAGUUUGUGACGCCCUUCACAGCUCAUUUAUUACCUUCACAGAAAAGAAUAUCCUUUGUUGAGGCUGUUGAGGCUGAUUCAGCUGCUUCUCCAGGGCCAGAUGGGGUACCAAAACUGGGAAUGGGUUUUGAUUCAGAGGAUCAUGCUUAUGAGUUCUAUAAUGCAUAUGCUGCGCAUCUAGGUUUCAGUGUUCGGAAGGACUAUGUAAAUAGAAGUAAAAAAGAUGGAUCUGUGGCAUCUAGGAGAUAUACUUGCUAUAGGGAAGGUUAUCGCCAGAAUGAUAAAAGAGGCUUAAAGGUGAAGAGGCCUCGAAAGGAAACCAGAGUUGGCUGCAUGGCUCAGUUAGUCAUUUCCCGUCAGGCUGAUGGUAGAUACCGAGUCACCCACUUUGAAGAACAUCAUAAUCAUGAGCUUGUACCUGCAUGUAAAGUUCGAAUGCUGAGGUCACAAAAGAGGCCCUUGACAGAUCAUAAUAUGGAAUCAAGCACAUCCGGUUCCAAUAUGCCACCCAGAUCACUUACUGAAUUGGUAUUGACAAAAAUUCAGGAUGAUUUCUUGUACGAUCCUAUAGAUCAUGAGAUGCGUCUUACAUCUAAGCGAGUGUGUAGCAUCAGGCAGGAUGAAGCAGAAUUUAUUCACCAGUAUCUUCAGGGCAAGAAAUUGAAGGAUUCAUCUUUCUAUUAUGCUGUACAGCUUGAUGUGGACGAGGAAAUGACCAAUUUCUUUUGGGCUGAUGAGAAAAUGUUGGUGGACUAUGGUGACUUUGGUGAUGUAGUUUGCUUUGAUACCACCUCCAAACUAAACAAAGAUUUGCGACCGUUGGUUGUGUUUUUUGGAGUAAAUAAUCAUAAGCAACUCCUGGUCUUUGGUGCUGCAUUUCUGUAUGAUGAUACUGCUCAAUCUUUUAAGUGGCUACUCCGAACUUUUGUAAAAGCAGUGUCUGGAAAAUUCCCCAAGACAAUUUUAUCCGAUAGAGAUGCAAUUAUAUGUGAAGUGAUCUCUUCUGAGCUCCCCCAAACUCAGCACAAAAUAUGCACCUGGCAAACCUAUCAGAAUGCCCUUAAAUAUCUUGGUCAUGUGGUUGUUGGUUCAGAUUCUUUUUCCACAGAUCUUUGUGGUUGCAUUUACAAUCUGGAUGAGGAAGCAUUUGUUAACUCCUGGAAGAUCAUGCUAGAUGCGUAUGGUCUGUGGGAGAAUGGAUGGCUCCAUGCAGUUUUUGCAGAACGAGAGAAAUGGGCAUUACCAUAUUGUAAGAAUAUCUUCUUAGCUGACAUAGAAGCAGUGUUGCUGUCUGAUGAUUCUGUAGCAAGCUUGAAGAAGUAUCUUAAGCUUCAAUCCCAUGUUCUUCAAUUUCUCAAGCACUUUGGGAGGGCAAUCAAUGGUUUGCGUUACAAAGAAUUGGAAGCUACUUAUGACAUGGGCCAGCAUGUGCCGAGACUAAUAGGAGAUGUUAUAAUGCUGAAGCAAAUGAGGGAAAUAUACACCCCCGUAAUUUUUAAGAUGUUUCAGCAAGAGUAUGAGAGCUAUCUCAACAAUGUGAUAGGCCAAUGUAGUGACAAUUUGUCAUCAGUUGAGUAUAAAGUAGGCGCGUAUGGUCGAGUUCGUCAUCACAGAGUUCUAUACAGUUCAGAAGAUGAAUCUGUUGCCUGCAGUUGUAGGAUGUUUCAGUCUGUAGGAAUUUUGUGUAGCCAUGCACUGAAAGUGCUUGAUUAUAGGAACAUAAAGCUAGUACCUGGACACUAUAUCUUGAAGCGAUGGACCAGAGAUGCACGGGCUUGAA